AUGCAAGCAGCAGCAGCAGCAGCAGAAGCAGAUGCUGAGUGUUCUACGGAUGCAGCAGCAACAGCAGCAGCAGCAGCAGUGAAGGCGCUGCAGUUCAAAGUGCUGCAACUGCUGCUGCAGCUCGCAUGCAAGCAACAGCAGCAGCAGCAGAAGCAGAUGCUGAGUGUUCUACGGAUGCAGCAGCAACAGCAGCAGCAGCAGCAGCAACAGCAGCAGCAGCAGCAGCAGCAGCAAUUGAGAGAGCGUGGGAAGCAAGCAGCAUAG